CCGCAGGGACGUUACAACUCGCCGAGGGUGGCGGCGGCGCCAUUUUGAAUUGGCUGAGGGUCGGAGGCGGCGGUUGCUGAACCGGGCUCCGCGGCCCCCGAGGAAACCAGCGAGAAAGGAGCGAGGUUUUGAAUAUGGCAGCGAAUAGGAACUUGAAGCAAGUGCGGAUCGAGAACAGCUCCCCAGCGGCGCCGAUGGGCAUGGUGGGGGGUGGUGGCGGCAAUCUGAAGGGAUUGCGGGGCCUAGAAACGGAGAGUGAGGCGGUGGCGGCCAUGGCGCUACCGCCGAGCAAAGAAGGUGGAGAUGAAGAACAGGAGGUUGGAUUCACCAUCGACAUCAAAAGCUUUCUCAAACCUGGCGAGAAGAGCUACACGCAGCGCUGCCGACUGUUCGUGGGGAAUUUGCCGACUGAUAUCACCGAGGAAGAUUUCAAGCGCCUCUUCGAGCGCUACGGGGAGCCGAGCGAGGUCUUCAUCAACCGGGACCGUGGCUUUGGCUUCAUCCGCCUGGAAUCUAGGACACUGGCUGAAAUAGCAAAAGCAGAACUUGAUGGUACUAUUUUGAAGAGCAGACCACUUCGAAUUCGAUUUGCUACACAUGGAGCUGCCCUAACAGUGAAGAAUCUUUCACCUGUUGUUUCUAAUGAGCUGCUGGAACAAGCAUUCUCUCAAUUUGGACCAGUGGAAAGAGCUGUUGUUGUAGUAGAUGAUCGUGGCAGAGCUACAGGAAAAGGUUUUGUAGAGUUUGCAGCAAAACCUCCAGCACGGAAAGCUCUAGAAAGAUGCAGCGAUGGGGCAUUCUUGCUAACAACAACACCUCGACCUGUUGUUGUAGAACCAAUGGAGCAAUUUGAUGAUGAAGAUGGGCUCCCAGAGAAGCUAAUGCAAAAAACACAACAGUAUCACAAGGAAAGAGAACAGCCUCCACGUUUUGCUCAGCCUGGGACGUUUGAGUUUGAGUAUGCUUCACGGUGGAAGGCUCUUGAUGAGAUGGAAAAGCAACAGCGUGAGCAGGUUGACAGGAACAUUAGAGAAGCCAAAGAGAAGCUAGAGGCAGAAAUGGAAGCAGCUAGACAUGAGCAUCAGCUUAUGCUGAUGAGGCAAGAUCUCAUGCGACGUCAAGAAGAACUGAGGCGUUUGGAAGAACUUCGAAAUCAAGAACUUCAAAAACGCAAGCAGAUACAAUUGAGACAUGAAGAAGAACAUCGACGUCGUGAGGAAGAGAUGCUACGGCAGCGGGAACAGGAGGAAUUACGGCGACAGCAGGAGGGAGGAUUUAAGCCAAAUUUCAUGGACAAUGUGAAAGAGAUGAUGAGGGUUAAAGGUUAUUCCCUUCCUCCUUCAACAGUUUUGUGCUUCUUAGCUGUUCAUGAUAAGGUAAGCCUGAACAAGUGCAAACAUGAACACAGCUCUGCGGAUCAUCUCGGGUUCCCUUUGGAAACCCCAAAUAAAUGGCCACAAGGGAUUGUGUGUUCUCCUGAGAACAGCUCGGCACUGGAGUUCUUCCUUUCUGUGUGGUGGAUAGUGGCUCUGCUACUCUCAAUGAUCCCUAUUCCUGCUGGUGCAAAAUGUUGUAUGGUCCACUUCAGUGGAAGUCAAAAUUUACCUGUGCUGCUGUUGCUAGGUAAUUUUUCAAGUAAACAUAAAAUAAACUUUGUUACAGUAGAUCUCAAAAAUCCUACUAAUUUUUUUUUUAUAAAAAGGCAACCUGUCAGUCAAGCCAAUGAAGCUGCACAGCACCGGGGGGUGUGAGGUAAAUGUAAAAUGUCCUUUGGUGGUGUGGAUUGUCCUCGCUGUUCCUGCUUAGGAUGCUGCUGUGGCAGCUUGGAGCUUGUCUCGCAUCACAAUUCUCUAUUGGAAAGGCAAUUGUGGGGAGUAUCUGUUAAGCUGAAUCUAUUACUUGAGAUAGGUUGUACCGAGGAGCCGGUUUUCAGUUUUCCUCAAUAAUGGCACAAUGGAUGCACAGUAUCACUCACUCUGUGUGUGAUGCCAUCUGUUCUCUUCAGACUAGACAUGUGUGUCAUGCUGUUAGCCUCUUACAAUAUUUGAGAUUCCUUUUCCUUGGCACCAUACCCACUUUGAGCUUUAAUUUAAAGAAAAGCUUUAUCAUAUGAAUGAAGACGAUUCAGAGUCACUUUGGUGUAUUCCUGCUUACUCUUACUGAUCCCUUUUUUCAGAACUAGCUGCUAGGAUACGUUCAAAUAUAACAAAGUGCUGUUAAGCAUGAACAAUGGGGUUUGUUUAGGUUUCUAUAGGGUAAGGAGGAGGUUGGAAUGAUCUUAAUUUCCUGGUAGAGAGAGAGAGAGAGAAUCCCAAAGUGCAAAGGGAGAGACACGCUGUUUGAAAGAAAACACAGACACACUAGAAUCACUUUGCAAGUAUUCAAGUUAUGGUAAAUGGUUAAUUUAUAACAUGAUUAUGUGGUCUUACUGGUUGGUUUUAGGGCUUGUCUUCAAAAACAUAUCAGAUUUAUUGGCUACGGUUUUGUCACUAGUAUCAGUUGCCAAGAAUCUGUCUCACUGCUUUCUCUUCAGUGAACCUGGGUGGCCAGGAGAGUGAAGAUCUUACCCACUGGCUGUUACCGAAACUGGAGGGACUGUGUUAGGCCUUUGGAGAUGUUAGCCUUGCUGUUUGUAGAUAGAGUGAAAAAGGAAGAAAAGCCUGAUUAAUAUUAAAAUAGAGACUGAAAGAUGUGCAGUUUGUAAUUGUAGCUUCCCUUUAGAACAGGUAGUACUCAUCAAUAGCUGGAUUGGUUUCACCAUAUGGAGGUGGUGUUCCAGGACGCUAAUAUUGGUCCAGAUGACAGUUCCAGCCUGGUCCCAUGGCCAUUAUUGUGUUGGACCUGCUCAAUGAUUUUAAUACUAGCACUUGAAAAUUAAAGCCCUAGUUAUAAAGUGUUAGUGUGCUGUGCUUUGUCAUAUCUGCUUUAGGAAGAAGGUACCAUCUUACAGAAUAUCUGCGUUAUGGAACAGAUAACAGAACAUUUGAACUUUGAUAUAUGUUAUAGCAAGCUGCACCAUGGUGAGGGGAAAGAUGACAAGGAAGCAAAUGGGAGGAUUGAGGGAUUAACAGCACUUCUAAUAGGACUCAGACAUGAAAUUCUGCCGACUUAGAAACCAUAUUUCUGCUGAGCUGCUAGCCUCAGCUGUACCCAGUAAGGCAAACAUUACCUUUAUUGUUAAUGUUUGUGGUUGUGUGUUGUAAUUUGCACAUAUGUCACUUCUGAGUUGCUUUUUGGGGCUGUUCCUGGAGCAAAACUAGCCUGAAAGGUGCAACCUGUGUGUGGCUUUCCAAAGUCAUUCUUUCUGUAACAAAUGGUUGGCAGGAUGUGCUGAGUUCUCUGAUCAUCAAACAGGGCCCUGAGAUGUAGGUAAAUUGUUUUAAGAAGUCUUUAUCUGAGAGCAUAGAGAGCUCUUGAUCCCCUUGUGCCCCUGUCACCAGGGGCUUGCCACACACUCGGCCUCUUUACAGAGGUUUCUUUUGGGCUCCUCGGUUCUGCAACAUGUUUCUGUGUCUGCAUCCCCAGCUGCAGCAAUGGAUUAUGUUAAACCUACCAAACAUUGCAGUGCUCACAUGUUCCAUUAAACUGGGGGUAUUUGUGGAGAAAAGGUGAUUUUAGUUGUGGGUGAGGGAGGAGGGAAUGUGUGGGUAUGGGUUGGGUGAGAGCUGUUUUGAAGCCUGAGUGACUGGGGCAGAGAGCUGUUGAAUUUUAAACACUUUAGUUAUCCGAACUAUUUUGCCUAUGGACUCUGGAAGAAGAUGCACAGAGUUCAGGACGGAUGCCGUUAUUAACGCUUUCAGUUAUUAUUUAGGCCUUUUUGAAUAUACUAACAAUAAUUUUAAUUAUGAAUUAAUGUAAUAGGACUAAAAUUAUACUCUGACUUGCCGUUAGUUCUUCCAGUUGCACAUACUGCUAAUCCAAGCAGAUCUACUGCAGAUUUUUGACAUUACAAAAGUCUUAAACUUUUGCAUCAGUUUCUAAUGCUUUUAUUAUUAAUAUGUAUUUUAGUGAGACUUUAAUGCAGUUCUGC